CCUCCUUGGAGGCGCCCGUCGCCACCGCUGGAGUCACCUCGAGAUCCUGGUCACAGCGCGCCCCGGGAGAGGUCCUGGGAGUAGCGGUAUCAGUAUCCUUUGUCUUCUCCGUUCCGUAGCCAUGUCGGCUCCAGCCAUCUAGGCGCAAUCGAAAUGUUCUCCAGAAGAUCCAUUGUCAGCCAAAGUUUCCUCAGCGUCGAGUUCGUUCCCAGAUGGCGCAGCCUGUAGACGUGGCGGUCCUACGUAUCACCAUCACCAGGAUCAGUGGCGAAGUGCUGCUUGGUCCUCGAGCAAUAUUCGAUGGCAGCGAGAGCGUGAAGGAACUCAAGCAGAAAUUGCCACACUGUGAUGGAGGGGUCUGGCAGCUGCUGCUGGAGGGGCGUGAGCUACUGGAUACCGAACGGCUUGCGGAUACUUGCAACACCAGCAUGGAAAACGAGGUCACUGCCGUUGCCGUGAAGACCGCUGGGACAGAACUGAUGCAGUUGACUGCAACCGCUAAGGAACGGAACGCACGUCUGAAGCAGGAGAGUGAGCAGUGGCUAAGUACCUACAUGUCUGUUGACGAAGACGCGAGGCGACAGCGGAGAGACCAGGACAUUCAAAUCUACCAGCAAGCGGUAACAAUUUUGCUUCAACAGAUCGAGGAUUUUGCGAUUGCCGAUUGUCGCAGGGAGGCGGUGAAUGGCAAGAGUUGUUGCCACGUCCAUUUGGAAGAUCUUCAACGCUACGAGCUUGGGAAACAGUUUUAUUUCACUCGGGCGAAACCGAUCCGAGCAGAUCCUGUGCUUAGAGGGUGGUAUUUCAGCACCCACGAGGAGGCACUGGACCCUCACGACGUGCCUGCGGCAAUGGAGCUGAAAAGACCAAUGUUUCUUGCUGACGGGACCUUGAAUCAGCAGACGCGCCCCUGCCACAGCCAUGUGUUCAUCAGAAUGCUAGCUCGCGAGUUGGUGCAGCGAUUCGAGCAGCAGGGACUGCAAGUCUCGCCUGGCUCCAGUUUCGGCGCUUUGGAACUGAACUGGGGCACGGAGGACAGUGCCGUGAGAAGUAGACAUGAGAAUUGGUAUGACGCACCACCGGUGCCGACAGCUCAAGUAGAUGGGAGGGUUCGCAAAGUUCGAAGGCGUCCGUCCGCACAGAGCUGAGUGCCACUUCUACGUUCCCUUUUUAGUUGGUCGUCGCCAGUUGGGGAAACUUCAGUGCCUUCGCUGAUGGCUCGUAACCGACGCCAGAACAGCAUGAUCCGCUGCGCCUCCGUGUGAAUUCCAGGGUUUGUGUUCUCAUGUCAAGGUUGCACGUGGCAAGCGCUAUAUAGAACUUGUAUAUUGCACGGCGCCGUUGCGCAAGCCUGACAUUUUGUGAUCCCCUUCGGCAGCGCAGUACCAGGACAGCACAUUCGACAUAGCGCGGUUGGACUUCGAAAACAAAAAAUGUUGGUUUCCCCAGGGUGGCUCCACGGACGUGCC